GCUUCAUUAGUAUUUUACUUGUUUUAUUCAACACUUUAAUGUUGUGGACUGUGAUUAACAUCACUGUAGCCCAGUUGAAAAAAAUAGCUACUGAUACACAGCGAAAAAAGCUUAAAACACAAAGGACUAGUAUUAGAGGCAGAGAAAUGGAGGGAGUGUUAUAAUAUUGUCACAGAAAAUGUAGAGCUGGAGAAACAAAGACUGACAGUGAGAGGGAGAGAAACAGAGGCCAUGCUACAGUGAGAGCAAGAUGAAAAUGGAGUAGUUGUGGAGCACCGAGAGACAGAGAGAGAGAAAGAGAAAGAGAGCGAGCUGCUAUAAUCCUCUGACUAUAAGCUGGAGCAUCAGGGCAAGGCAGUCUCAUUGUGAAGAAUGGGAGAUGAAACGCUGCCCUCAUCCUCCGUUCUGAUAGCAGAUGGAAAAUCCUUCAGUCUGAGCAACAGUAACCAGAAGGAUGACUCGUCCUCUCUCCCUCUACUGCCUCCUCCUCUCUGCUCACACUCUCAGUCUCACAGCUGGUUAUUUGACUGUUUCCAUUGAGCCUCUUCAUCCUAUCGUCAUUGGAGACACAGUCACUCUCAAGUGCAACUUCCAGACAGAUGGCAGCCUCAGAGAAAUUGUGUGGUUUCGGGUAACUGAAGGAGGCCAUGCCAAGCAAAAGAUUUUCACCUUUGAUGCCAUGUACAACACUAGCUACUCUCACAUGGAGGACAACCGCAGACGAGAGGAUCUAGUCUACCAGUCAAGAGUAAGACUUCCUGAGAUCCAGCUGGAGGAUGAUGGCCUGUAUGAGUGCCAUGUGGGGAUCUAUGACAGAAGCUCCACAGAUAAAGUGAUUCUAGCCUCUGGCAGCAUCAUCCUUACUGUCAUUGUGCCUCCCAAGACUAUCUCUGUGGUGGCAGCCAACAGCCCAGCUCCAUUCAGCCGCUAUGAGGCCCAGAACUUCACCCUGGUUUGUAUUGUUACAGGAGCAAAGCCAGCGCCCGUGGUUUACUUUAAGCGGGAUGGUGAGCUUAUUGAUGUGGUGCCAACAACACAGUCUUCCUCCUCAGUGGGAGAUCAUAGCAAGGGAACAGAUCAAGAAAAGAACUGGAGUAGGAGCCAGUCUGGGCUCUUGAGUUCCCAGGUGGUUCUCACUAGUCAAGACCUUGAUGACACCAAAGUCCAGAAGUCCAUGUUCCUGUCGGAGCAAGAGGGGAAGCUGGCUCGGCUGGGCCAAGAUGUCCCUGGUGGCCUCGAACAAGUCCAUGAGGAGUUGUCCAAAUUGAACUCUGAGCCAACCACCGAGGUGAUCCAUGAGACAAUAGUGAGCCGGGAGUUUCCUCGUUGGGUCCAGAGCAGCGAACCGCUCUACUACUUCCAGCACCAGCAGCAAGCAGCAGGUGACGGGACUCUGGAGGUGAAAGCCAUGCUGACCUGGAGCCUCAACCCCCAGUUGGACAAUGAGGUUCUGUUCAGCUGUGAGGUCAACCACCCUGCUCUGUCCAUGCCUAUGCAAGCAGAAGUCACACUGGCUGCUCCCAAGGGACCCAAGCUGUCAAUGAGCCCCAGUAAGGCCAAAGUAGGAGACACAGUACGGAUCAUUGUUCAUGGCUUCCAGCUCGGACCUUCUGCAAGUGAAGUCUUCCCUGAGCCCAUGUUCACCUGGACCAAGGUAGGUGGACACUUGCUGGAUGGCAGAGAGGAACAUGAUGGAAGGGAGCUCAUCUUAGAGAGAGUUCCUGCUGAGCUCAAUGGCUCCAUGUUCCGCUGUACGGCCCAGAAUCCUUUGGGCUCCACAGAUACCCACACCCGCCUGAUUGUGUUUGACAAUCCAAGAUUGAAGAAAGGAAAGGAACAUUACAUUGCUAUCAACGCAGCGGCCAGUCAGCACUCCCUCACAUUAACCUACAUGUUGCUGCUGCUGAAAUUCUCCUGUGAGCUGACGUUACCUGACCCUCUGGUACUCCUAAACACAUGGACAUCUACCUGAGGCACCAGCUCUUUAAUGAUACUCCUCCAAACAACUGCAGCACAGUGCUGCUGGAACACUGAAGGAGCAGAAGGACUCCACCCUUAGAAAGAAGACGGCUUCUGAUACAGCAUGAGACAAAAAAGACGCUCUAUUAAACUGUGAGCAACUUUGCGUUAUUCUACUUCGACUGACUGUGAGUAUGUAAGAGGCUCGAACUGCAUCAUGCUGGGGGAAUUCUGGGGAACCUAUAGAAGUCUAAGGGGCUCACAUUCAAUCAGAGAGGAAAACACAAAGUUUUGGGAAGGGUAGUCCUGAUAGUCUAAAGGCUGCCCAAUCUGCACAACCAGCUAUUAUGCUGACACCAGAUGAGGUGUGUCCCAUGUAGAUACUCUUAGGAGCAUCACAAAAAAAUGAUUGCAUGAACCUCUGGAGAGCAGUCAGAACUAGAUAAAAAUGACUACAGUGCCCACGAUCACCCAAAAAGAAUUGCCAGACCAAAACUUGCAGACCCAUCAGGUAAUAAUCGGUUUGGGCUGUUAUACUAUGGGAUCUUUUGAGAGAGAUUUAAGCUUAUUUGACUUCUCUGAAACCAACAUGGCAUUGUGUUCGAUUAUUUUGUGCAACACAUCUAGAGCUGCAAAGUGACUGUGUUGUUUUGUUUUUUCUUUGCUUUCCAAGUCUCUGAACACUACAGCACAAGCUGUUAUUCCUGAAAAACAAUCUUUGAUUCAUUUUUCCAUUUUCUUUUUAAGGGGUCAUAAUGUCUGCAGAUACUGAGGCAGGAUCAAUCAUUUCAUCUUAAUGCCUGCUCAGGAAGAGGUUAAGUUUUGAAUGUUUUUAUUUAAAUUGGCUGGACCCACUUUUGUUUCUUGAUGAUUCUGUCUGAGCAAUACAGAUUCUUAGCUGAUAGAAUAUGUUGCAAACCUGUUGAGCUGUAAGUGCCACUGAACAAAGCCAUGCAGUUACAGUAGUACAAACUGUGACUACAUUCCAAAUUACAUUCUUUUCUUUUUUUUAAAAUCACUUUAAAUGCUGUUUCAUGGAGUUUGCAUACAAGUUGGACAUACUACUCUUUCUUAACGUUGUGCAGUAUACUGUUGCAGUCAAAAGUGUGAAAUAAGCUGUGCACUGUCAGCAACUUCAAUUUGUUUAUGCUUGCAUGUGAGACACUGUGUACUUCCACACGACGGAACUGUGUAUAUGAUUAUGGGGCACAAUGAUUAGGAGAGUGUGCUGGCUUGCAUACUGCAAAAUCUGACUAGAUAUAGUUUGACAUCCUGCUAUUUUUGGCGCAAUGCAUUUGACAUAUAUUGGGACAUACUAAAUUUUCUUCAUGCACACUAUAUGGUAAAAUAGUAUAAAUAUUGGAAUGCA